GCCACGGGAGCGCGCGCGGCGGAGGAGGGCUCCGGGAGGCCGCGGAACAGCGACCGCCGCCAUAUUAAGGAGCGCGGAGCCCGGGGUCCCGACAGCGGCGGCCGCGGCCGGACCAGUGGAGCUGCGGGCGGCAGAGGCCGGCGCGGCGCUGCGCCGGGAGAGACGGGGUCGGCGGAGCCAACGGGGGACCGGAGCGAGCCAGGCUGACCCGGGCCGGCUGACCUUGGCUGGCGGGCUGUGCCUGCCCUGCGUCGCCAUGGACCAGGACUACGAGCGGCGCCUCCUCCGGCAGAUUGUCGUUCAGAACGAGAACACGAUGCCCUGCGUCGCAGAGAUGCGGCGAACCCUGACGCCCGCCAACUCUCCCGUGUCCUCCCCCAGCAAGCACGGAGACCGCUUCAUCCCCUCGAGAGCCGGUGCCAACUGGAGCGUCAAUUUCCACAGGAUCAAUGAGAAUGAGAAGUCUCCCAGCCAAAAUCGGAAAGCCAAGGACGCCACCUCGGACAAUGGCAAAGAUGGCCUGGCCUACUCCGCCUUGCUGAAGAACGAGCUGCUGGGAGCCGGCAUCGAGAAGGUGCAGGACCCGCAGACGGAGGACCGAAGGCUGCAGCCCUCCACGCCUGAGAAGAAGGGCCUGUUCACGUAUUCCCUCAGCACCAAGCGCUCCAGCCCCGACGAUGGCAACGAUGUGUCUCCCUACUCCUUGUCCCCCGUUAGCAACAAAAGUCAGAAGCUACUGCGGUCACCACGGAAACCCACCCGCAAGAUCUCCAAGAUCCCCUUCAAGGUCCUGGACGCGCCAGAGCUGCAGGACGACUUCUACCUGAACCUGGUGGACUGGUCGUCCCUCAAUGUGCUCAGCGUGGGGCUGGGGACCUGCGUGUACCUGUGGAGCGCCUGCACCAGCCAGGUGACCCGGCUCUGUGACCUCUCGGUGGAAGGGGACUCGGUGACCUCCGUGGGCUGGUCUGAACGGGGGAACCUGGUGGCCGUUGGCACGCACAAGGGCUUUGUGCAGAUCUGGGACGCAGCUGCAGGAAAGAAGCUGUCCAUGCUGGAAGGCCACACGGCACGCGUUGGGGCGCUGGCCUGGAACGCUGACCAGCUCUCGUCCGGGAGCCGGGACCGCAUGAUCCUGCAGAGGGACAUCCGGACCCCGCCCCUGCAGUCAGAGCGGCGGCUGCAGGGCCACCGGCAGGAGGUGUGUGGGCUCAAGUGGUCCACGGACCACCAGCUCCUCGCCUCGGGGGGCAACGACAACAAGCUGCUGGUCUGGAACCACUCGAGCCUGAGCCCCGUGCAGCAGUACACGGAGCACCUGGCGGCCGUGAAGGCCAUCGCCUGGUCCCCACACCAGCACGGGCUGCUGGCGUCUGGCGGUGGCACGGCUGAUCGCUGCAUCCGCUUCUGGAACACGCUCACGGGGCAGCCCCUGCAGUGCAUCGACACGGGCUCCCAGGUGUGCAACCUCGCCUGGUCCAAGCACGCCAACGAGCUGGUGAGCACGCACGGCUACUCGCAGAACCAGAUCCUGGUGUGGAAGUACCCGUCCCUGACCCAGGUGGCAAAGCUGACCGGGCACUCGUACAGGGUCCUGUACCUGGCCAUGUCCCCUGAUGGAGAGGCCAUAGUCACUGGGGCUGGGGACGAAACCCUGAGGUUCUGGAACGUCUUUAGCAAAACCCGUUCGACAAAGGUAAAGUGGGAGUCCGUGUCAGUGCUCAACCUCUUCACCAGGAUCCGGUAAACCCUCGGGCCUCUCUGUCCGGGUCGGAAGAGCACCGUCUCUCCUCGGCGUUCACGGACCCUCCCCUCUCCGGCACGCGGUCCCCGGAGGAAGCAGCCGGGGUGGGGCGGGGAGUCGGGCCUGGAGAGACCCCGAAGAUUCUCAUUAAAGCCUGAUUGCGAA